GACGAUGUGUUGGCGGAUCCAUAAUUAAGAAUGAACUUUACUUUAGGUUUAUCUAAUCUGUGGCGGAUCUGUAAUCGCCAAUCGGUGGCCUCUUACAAAUAAAAAUAUAUUAUAUCAACGACUAGACGAGUCAUCAAUUUUUACAAUAUGGUAGCCGAUGUUUUCUAGAAAGAAAUACACAGCUGGCCGAACAAACCGGCAGACAUUUUGUAGUUAUUACGAGUUGCUGAUAUCCUUUCUAUUUAUUUUGUUAUAGAAUAUAGAAGGCUGAAGGCCUAUUCUAGGUAAAUGAGCCGAAAGCUGCACCACGCGCGCAGAGCUGUCGAACGGUUACCAAACGGCGGUUACCGCUAUUACCUUGGCUUUCCCUUGUUGGCAGUUGGCACUUGGCAAUUCAGUUUAUCACGUUCGUGCGACACGAUACGUUUUUGACUUCUUCCUCUGAAAAAAAUUUCUUGGUGCUUACUAUUUAGUUUUACGAUCGUGUUUGUCCCAAUGUUUCAUCCCGAUUGUGUUUGUUUUGCCCUUGGGAUUUAGACCAGUCGGCCGUUUAUUUCAAGCAAAUCCACACGAACAUUGAAUUAUGUCGGUAGUUCUCGAAACUACUAUAGGAGACUUGACAAUUGAUCUGUUCACAGAAACAAGACCUCACUCAUGCAAAAACUUUUUGAAAUUAUGCAAAAUUAAGUACUACAAUUUUUGCUUGUUCCAUCACAUUGAAGCAAACUUUGUUGCACAGACGGGCGAUCCGUCUGGUACUGGAAGUGGGGGAGAAUCAGUUUAUGGAAUCAUUUCUGGUAAAGACGCAAGAUACUAUCAAGGGGAAAGAAAACCAAAAAUAAAACAUGAUCGACCUGGUCUUGUUUCAAUGGUACACUGCGGAGAUAACUUAGUCGGUUCCCAGUUUUUUAUAACUUUAGGAGAAGAUACAACCUGUUCAUUAGAUGAACACAUUGUUUUUGGAACAAUAUCCGAAGGCCAUGACAUUUUACUCAAAUUAAAUGAGACCAUUUGUGAUAACAGUCAUCGACCAUACCAAGAUAUAAGAAUAACGCAUACUAUUAUCUUAGAUGAUCCGUACAGCGACCCCAAUGGUUUGAUUAUUCCCGAUGGUUCUCCAAAACCACCUUUAGAAGUCCUGCAGAGUGAUAGAAUUGGAGCCGAUGAAGACAUAACAGAAGAUGUGGAUAUAGCUGAAUUGGAAGAAAGAAGAGAAAAAAAAGAAGCGUUAGCUCGUGCCACUAUACUAGAAAUCGUUGGAGAUUUACCUUCAGCUGAAAUAGCUCCACCUGAAAAUGUAUUAUUUGUUUGUAAGCUAAAUCCAGUCACUAGUGACGAUGACUUACAAAUCAUAUUUAGUAGAUUUGGGAAAAUUAUAAGUUGUGAAGUUAUAAGAGACAAAAAAUCUGGCAACUCUUUGCAAUAUGCUUUUGUUGAAUUUGACAACCAGAAAUCAUGUGAGGACGCUUAUUUAAAAAUGGAUAAUGUGUUGAUAGACGAUCGACGUAUUCAUGUUGAUUUCAGUCAGAGUGUAUCAAAAAUUAAAUAUUUGGGUAAAGGACGAAUAAAGUAUAUGGAUAAAGAAGACGAAGGUAAAAACAUAAGUGACAAAUAUUCGAAAAAUAGAAAUAAAAAUAAAAACAAUGAUAGAGCUAAACAUGACAACAGAGACAAAAAAUCUGAUUAUCAAUCUGAAAGAUUUAAAAAAGAUGAACAAAAAUACAAGCAUCGAGAUAAUGAUUAUGAAGAUAGAAAUAAAAGGUGUGAAAAAAGUGAUAGUCAUCAAAGAGUUGAUAGAAAUACAAACGAUAGAAGGCAUUCUAAGGAAGAAAUCAUAAAGAAGAAUGAUAGGAACGAUAGAGAGAAGAAAAACGAAAGAGAUGACAGAGAUAAGAAAAGCGAACGACACAGUAGGGAAGAGAGAGAAAAGAAAAGGGAUAGAGAAGAAAAGGAUAAAAGAUAUGAAAAAUACGACAACGGUAGAAGAAAUGAUAAAGAUGAACGAAAUAGAAAAAUUGAAAAACGUGAUAGAAAUACCAGAAAAGACGAUAAAAAUAUUAAAAGGCACAUAUCGCCAAGUAACGAAAAAUAUUCUAGAUCAAACGAUGGUUCAAAGCGUAAGUCAUAUGAUAACGAAAAUGGAUUAUCCAAACAAAAACUAAAUAAAGAAGUAACGCCACUAUCAAAUAGAAAACCAAUUAAAAUACAAGAAAGAAAAAAAACUGUUGAAAAUGAAUUAUCUAAUAAAGAAAUAUCAACCAAAUCGGAUGAAAAAAAGGCAUCUAAAAAUGGAAUAAAAAAAAAGAGAAGGUCACGUAGUUCAAGUACUGUUUCUACGUCAUCAUCUUCUAGUUCAGAUUCAUCUAGUUCAUCAUCCAGUAGUAGUUCAAGUUCAACCUCAUCGUCUAGUUCUAGUUGUGAUACUAAAGUAAUCAAGUAUUAUGAUAAAAAAGGCAAACUAGUUAAAGUGGUGAAGAAUCGAGAUUCUAGUUCUAACUCUGAUCGUAAUCACAAAAGACGUCAUAAAAAAAAAAUAGUUAAAGUAUACAAAAAUAUUAAAAAGAAGAAAAGAAGUACGUCAAUUACAUCAAAUUCAUCUUCUAGCGAUAGCGAGAAUAAUAAAAAGAGAAAAAGAAAAAAACAGGGUUCAAAAAAAAAUAAUAAAAAAGUUAAAGCUUAAAUGUUUUCAUAAUAA